CCUUAACCCGAUGAAGACAAAAGACAAAAAGGAAGUAAAAAAAAAAUAGCCUUCAAGGUCCAGGUGAAUUACGGUGGUGGGUCAUAUCGCGCAUCUGGUUCUUGUAGGUUAAGCAAACAUUGGCGCUAUAUUCCCGAAAAGGUCUUCAAAUCGCGAGUGGGAUAUUUACAACAAUUAAUGAAUGAAAGAUUUGCCCCCUGACUGUAUCUCCCUGGAUCUUCUUGAAGUCAACCAGAACUAGGACAACAACUCACCAGGUUCAGGUCAACAAACAUUGUUCUCCUCACACAAGAAACUUUACUCAUACUUUCCAAGCUGCCUGGACUUUCACCAGUCGAUCAUGGUCGGGUGCUCUAGGAAACAAAAACGGAGGUCAAGAUGAAGUUGACGCCGAUUCCCAAAAAGAAAGGCGCAAGAGGCAACAAAACCCUCCAAAAAGGCAAACGGCGCGGUAGUUUCGAAGUAGACGAGAGCGAGAAUCGGCCUUCCAAGCUCCAAAAGAAGCUCGCCGCCCGCCGCAGCGGCAUCAACCCCGACGGCUCCCGCGGCAGGAGGAAGACGUCGCUGCGGGACCUGCCCGAGUGGUUCCUGGUCGACAUCUUCCUCACCGAGAGCAACUUUAGCUUCCCGCGCUGCAGCGGCUUCAUCGGCCGCAUCCUCUCCCACCCUUAUGUCUUCCGUCGCUUGAUUGCUGAAGCGUUUGCGCCCACCUGGGACAACUGGUUCGGCUGCGCUGCUGAGGAGGUUGCCAGCUACUCGAUGCCCGUCGCGCACCGGAUGGGCGUGCAUGACCUCGAGAGGUUCGGUGGCGAUGCUAAAUUGCAGACCAGCAUCCUCGAGCAAAAGUGGUUGACAACGGCCAGGCUACUGCAAGCCCAACAGGUGUGGCUCGCAACCGGCCGGCGACCGCAGCCGGUCUUCUACCGCGUGCCGUCCCCGUUUCUGCAGGUUCGUCACCGCCGCAAGGCCCCAGGCAUUGGCCGAGAAGGCUUCAUCAAGGACGAAGACUUCCAGGUGCAGAGUCAGUUCGACCUCGAGUUUGACAAGGUUGUACUCGCGGAGUAUGAUGACGAGGAGGUCCAGCAGCCGUAUCCAAACAUGCUCGAGGUCCACCCCGAGACCUCGAUCCCCGACCGGCUGAUCACCGGCCCCUGGAUCGAGGAGGAUCUCAGGUUGCUGUUCUGGCUGGGGAGGGCCGGCGCCACCAUGUCCGAGAACCAGUCCUGGGAGCUCGUCGUUGAGGCUCUAGACCGUAUGAUUGCUCUUGCCAGGCUCAGCAGACCAGGGUCGCCAGAUCACCAAGACACUCGCAACACGGUGAGCCGGAUCGUGAGCCUCUUUGAGCGGUUUGAUAUAUGGGCAAAGCUACCGGCGCGCGAGUGGGCGGCGCUGGAGAAUACACCCAACCUCGGCUGGCUGGUUGACGUACUGCGCGCAAAAACAUCAAGGCUACCCGAAAAGUCGAUCUGACUUAAACAGGUCAAGGGAUAUAACAGUAUCGCUGACUAGGAGCCCGAAGAUGGAGGUCGUAUGAAUUAAUGGACUUGUACAAAGCAACAAUGUACAUAAACCACAAGAGCCACUACAUAUCAGAUCCAAACGCAUGCACAUAGGGUGAAAGUGCGGCUCAUAAAUGUAUGGCCCAACAACCCGCCAUGUUCGUGGCCGGGCCAGGCCACAAGUCCCCAUGCGGGCGCUACAGUAACCUUGAUUUUGACGAGCUGGCUUCAGAGAAAGGGCCUUUGUAUUGGAAGCGCAAUCGCUGUACAGGAGUGCGGCUGUGGGUUUUGUACUGAAAUCAACGACCAGCUUGGAAAAUGCACCCAACGCUGGUUGCACAUGUAAUCUUGUACCAAUCGGUCCACAGGGCAGGAAGUGGCCGUUUUUAUGAGGGCUAGCUUUUGACAAGGGAAGCUCUAUGGGCUCCGGAUUGGAUAUUAAGCCCGGAUUGCAGAAUACUCGGGCAGUUAUCACAGGAUCGUCGCCUCAUAUCCC